AUGGUGCUUUGGACACAUGAACUCGACUGCGUGUGGCUUGAAGAGCUCUUGCACCAGUCCGUGAUGUUCGGCAAGCGAGCAAGAAGUGGGUACAAGAAAGAAGCGUGGGUGUCAGCCCUUCAGAAGAUCAACGCCGACCGUGUCCUGCCGUUCAAGAUGUCGCAGUUGAAGUCUCGCCACGACGCCAUUAAGUCAAUGUACGGCGUCAUCUCCCGCAUCGUCAACACCAGCGGUAUGGGUUGGGAAGCGACAACAUGCCGCGUGCUUUGCAACGAAACAACGUGGGACCACUUCCUAGCUGGGAAGCCACCUUCGUUUGCGAUUUGGAAAGAUCGACCGUUCCCUCAGUACGACCUCUGCCAACAACUGUUCGAAGGGACCCUUGCAACCGGUCGCUUUGCAAGUACGUCGACUACAGUCACUCCAUUUGCUCCGCCCCAAACAUCAAGUGCGUCGGACGACGACGGUCAAGACAAUGACGACCAAGGUAACGAUGUCGAUUUGGACGGCUCUGUCCAUUCCGACGCAACUGUACAAGAGCCGAACUCAGGGCAGAGAAAGCGACGACAAGCAGCGCCACAAAACGACAGUGGCGGCUCCAAGCGUCGACAUCGUGCAUCGGCAGCCUCUGGAAUGACCGAGCAGUUCAAGGCGCAGAACGAGAUUGCGGCGAAGGAGUUAGAGCUAUAUUCUCAAGUGCUCGCGACAACCAAGACUAACGAAACCGAGGCGGUACCAGCCCUCGAUAUCCUUCAAGAUGAGUUCGAACACGUGCUUUCGCUUGAGAACAUGGUGACGGCGGUUGAGAUCCUCGAGAGCAGCGACAGAGCGCGUACGUUUGUCCAUCUGAAGGGUCGCGUCCGUGAAGCCUGGUUGCAGCGCCAAAUUGAAAGAGCUCAAAGUAAUCAGUUUUGA